AAUUUUCAAAACGUUAUAGAUAUGAUAAUGUUUUGCUGGAUAUUUUCAAUUUAUUUUAGACUAAUUUGAAAAUAACAACAAGAAUACAUGUAUUAUUUGGAAUAUAGAAAAUUACUGGUAUAUUAUAUCUAGCUUUUUCUGAAACAAUGUUAUAAAUUAUUCGGAAGGACAGUAUAUCGUUCACAUAUGCCGUGCAAAUUUCAGCUCAUAAUAUUCUUAAAAGCAAAGGCAUAUUUUGCUAAAUGGUUAUAUGAAACAAAAGUCUAAAAUGGAUAAAGGAAUGAAUUAAGAAGUGCUCUAAUGUAUAAAUUAAAUUAUAAAACGUGCAUUACUUUCAGUAGUACGAAUGUACGCGUGGCGCGUUGUCGACGAGUCAUAUAUAUAAGCGUGUGGUUACUGGUUAACCUAAGACAAAAGUACUUUGAUAAAAAAAAUUUGAGCAACUCGUACUUUGGUAUGUUAUACAUACGGAUAUGAGUUAUCAUGCAUAUAUAUAUAUCCAUGUACAGUAAAAGGAGCAAAAAUAAGUGGGCUGGGAAUUUGAGAAACGGUGGGGUUUUCUAAACUUGAUGAAACUAUUACAAAAUGCAAUCUUGCAAAAGGUAAAACGAGAAAAAGGUAAGAAACUUUUCUCUCUUGUAUGAUUAAUAAUUCUUUAACAAUUUAUAUUAGGUGCAAUUUUUAAAACGAGAAAAGAUCGAAUAGAAGCCUAAUUCAUCACAUCAUAAUCAUGAUAUCCACACACACAGUGUACAGGGAUAGAUUUGCACCUAAGAUUUUUCAUCAUUGCUCCUAAUCUAUAUAUAUUCCUUUCGGGUUCCCAAAAUAAUAGCAGUCGAAUAAAUUAUUGAGACAAUUGAGCCUAUAUACCCCAUCCUUAAGGGAAUUAAGUAAAUACCCGAUUGAAAGAACCACUAGUUCGGCCCGUACGUUUUUGCGUGUCCCUUCCCUAAAAUACCCCUACCGUAUGCAAAGUCGAGGCAAAAAGGUGAACAGGGAUCGAUUCGGCGUGAUCUUCUGAAGUACAAAGAGCAGAUACGCUUCUGACAUAUAUUUACGGUCAUUAUCCGCCUGAAAUGCAAAUUGUUUUUCUUUUUUGUGCACAGUAGCAGCAGAAAACAAGGAUUGUCUAACGGAAAUCUCCUUGUAUCGUAUAAUGGCUGGAUUUAAAGGUUAUCCCCAAAUCUUUAAGGUUAUCGUUGGUGUAUUUAAUGGAGUCCUGGAGAAACAUAAAUGUGAAGCAAACCUGAUAGAGAGAGAACGAAACCUGUUAGAGUAAGAUUGCUGCAGUUGCGAAGAUUCUUUAACAGUAGUCGUUAUCCCUUGUGUUUGAGAUCUGACUUAAUGGGGCAGUUGGUGAAGCUUGUUGUUGGUGUGUGGGAGGAAGUCGGACAACGUGGAUGGCUGUUCUUGGAAGAUCCGACAGAGCGUAAACAUGAAGUCAUGGUCCACGAGAACCAGACUUACGCAAGUGUCCUGGAUCUUGUAAGAACACGCUACAGUGUUGGCCUGGAAACCGCUGUUACUCUGACCUAUGAAUUUCCAGAGUGGAUGAAGGGACCUGGAGAUCUAUCACCUCCUCCAGUUGAUGUUAGAGAGGAUGGGGAUGUGGAGCUCUUCAUGUCGAUCAGGAUUGAGCUGUCAGCAACUAGGCUGAUGGUUACGAUCGGUAACGAUGUGGUUGCCCGCUAUCUGUUCCAGAGACGUGAUAACUACACUGUUAUCGGGUCCUCAAAGGGUGUAACCAGUGAUAACACACGAACUUAUCCGCCUCGAACUGAUGUUAGCCUGUACGAGAAGACUGUUAAUGUUAAUGCAUCACGUGUCCCUGGUGCUGAUGGGUCGGGGUUCUGGGAAGGAAUGCUGGCGUAGUGCAUCGUCACGGCAAGCCAGCAAUUCCUAACUAAUGUCUGCGCAAAUGAAGAUGUAACUUUGGGGGGGAAUGCUGCAUUAGCCGAGAGGAUGCCUCCAACUGAUGGUUACAUAGACAGUAGCGAUGGGACAAACUCUUCUACAGCUUCUUCGCCUCACCCAUGCGAGAAGGGUGAUGAGCUAUUCGAAAGUGGGAUAAUCCGUUUGGCAGAGGAACUGCCUGUGGCGCCUGCAGUGGCAAACAAGGCGUUAGCCAUUGUUGAGGCCGAACCUGGGAGAAAGUCAUAUUCCAUACUUGAAUACAUUACGAAGGGGAAAGAGAAAGUGUGCAAUGAAAGCGAAGAAAAGAAGAAGCGAAGCUACAAUAGCGGACCGCGUAGUCCGUUAAUGUGUAACCCAAACUUUCCUGAUCCUAUUCCAGAUGCAGACACGACAGAUGAAGAUUCGGAAGAGGAAGCAGAGAAACAUCUUUUUGUUGGGCAGGUUUUCAUGGACCGUACGGCUUUCAAGACUCACAUGUCUCUCUACGCUUUGGCGAACAAGUUCCGGUUCUUGUGUCGUAGGUCUGAGCCUGGUAAAAUGGUGCUGAUAUGUCGGGGGAGUGAGUGUAAGUGGAGAGUGUAUGCCUCUAAGCUUCCGGGGUGUCCUCAGUUCCAAAUAAAAAAACUGGAUGAGGGACAUACCUGCACUGUUGAUGAGCGUGGUGAUUUCAAGAGGCAUGCGACUUCAAACCUAAUUGGAGAAAUGGUGAGGAACAAGUUUGGCAGUGGUGGUACUGGUCCAAGGCCAGGUGCACUUAGAGAGUUCAUGCGAACUGACCAUCACGUACCUAUAUCCUACUGGAAGGCCUGGAAAUCGAGAGAGCUAGCCAAGGAGCGUGGACUUGGAAACACAGCGGAUUCUUACAGAAUGUUGCCUGCCUACUUGUCGCAGCUGGCAGUGGCAAACCCGGGUUCAGUGGUAGCCAUCGAAACAGCUCCUUCAGAAGAGGAUCUCAAGCGCUUCAAAUAUCUUUUCCUCUCUUUUGGUGCUUCUGCUAAGGGGUAUCGUUACAUGCGGAAAGUCAUUGUUGUUGAUGGGACACACCUUAAGGGGAAAUACAAUGGAUGCCUUCUGAGUGCGAGUGCACAAGAUGCCAAUUAUCAGAUCUUUCCCAUAGCUUUUGCUAUAGUCGAUGGAGAAAAUGACCAGUCGUGGGGCUGGUUCUUCCAGAAACUAUCAUCCGUUGUAUCUGAUGGUUACGAUCUCGUUUUCAUCUCGGAUAGGCACCAGUCUAUAUAUGCUGGUCUCCACAAGGUGUAUCCUAUGGCUAAACACUACGCUUGCAUCCUUCAUCUACAGAGAAACAUUGUUAGUAUGUUUAAGAAGAAACACCUUGCCUCCUUAGUCUCAAAAGCCGCGCGGGCAUAUCGUGUCUCAGACUUCUAUAAGCAUUUUAACGAGAUCAAGAUGAUUGACAUAAACUGCGCUGAUUAUUUAAUCAGGGUCGGUUUUGAGCACUGGGCUAGGUCGCACUCUGCGGGCAAGCGUUACAAUCUGAUGACAAGCAACGUGGCAGAGUCGCUCAAUGCAGCACUUGGUGAGGCUAGGGAGUAUCCGAUUGUGGCUCUAGUUGAGUACAUUAGGGGGAUGCUUAUGCGUUGGUUCUCUGUGCGCCGUGAGUCAUCGGCGAACUGUGGUGGUGUAGUGGCUCCGAAGGUGGAGGAGCUCAUAUCCCGUAACUUCAAUGUGUCAACGGGUUUUUGGUUCGUCACAUAAGCAAGGCUGAGUUCGAGGUGCGUGGUAAGGAGGGAGUUCCUUUCGUUGUCGACCUUGAAGCAAAAACGUGUAGCUGUCUGGAGUUUGAUAUGAUCUGUAUCCCUUGUGGCCAUGCUGUCGCUGCUGCAAUACACUCGAACCGUAGGGUUGAUGAGCUUGUGGGCGAAGAGCUAUCAAGAAACAAUUGGGCAGCAGCUUACUCUCUGAGCAUUAACCCGGCUGGGGAUGAGGUGGCGCCAACGCCUGAAGAUGAUACACUUGCAUCGCUUCUACUUGCGCCUCCCAACACAAGGCGUCCUCCAGGCAGGCCAAAGAAGAUAAGAAUAUUAUCAAGGGGUGAAUUCAAGCGUGGAGUGCUUGGUCGCAAGGUGAGGACUUGUAAGAGGUGUGGUGGCAAAGAUCACAACCGUGCGACUUGCAAGAACCCUAUAUGAGGAAGGGUUUGAUGUUAUGAAGGGGUCAUUCAAAUAAAGUCUUUUGUUAUAGGUCUGAUGUGGGGCGACCAGUUUUAUUAUGUACCAUAUAAAGUUCCCCAUGAUUCCAACAAGUGCGUUGAUGUGUAAUAUGUAGUUUGGGAUCUCGGUAAUGUAUGGCCCCCGUUUGUAACAGACAAUUAUGUUAUGCAAUUUGAAUUUUUUAAAAAAGUAUGACUCUAAGUGGAAUAAGUUCUUAUCGAUUAAGAUCAUUUAAAUGUC